CAGACCAGAUUUCCCAGCGAUGGACCUCGCUCCCUCUGCCUGAGUGCUUCAACGCCACAAACGGCAGGCUGCUGUUUUUUUGAACUGUACCCUGUUCUUAUUCCAUUCUGUAAUGAUGCCAUGUUUCAUCAUUAUGAAAGCAAAAAGUCUCAGCUCUUUAAAACUGGCUUACUUAAAACUAGACUUUCAAAAUGAGGAUUCUUUUUUUCUUUUGAAAAGUAAAAUCUGAAUGUUCUUCUGCUUUAUGCUGACACACUGCAGAAUGUGGAAAUUACUGCUUGAACACUGUUAUGGAAGCCAUUGAAAUCCCACAGUUCAUCGGCCGAAGCUACCUCACAUACGAUAGCCCAGAUAUACUUAAAAGAGUGUCAGGAUCGAGAACAAAUGUAUUUAUGAGGUUCAAGACUACACUGAUGGAUGGUCUCUUGCUGUGGAGGGGAGACAGCCCCAUGAGACCCAACAGCGACUUCAUCUCCCUAGGUCUCCAAGAUGGCGCCUUGGUCUUCAGCUAUAAUCUGGGCAGUGGCAUUGCUUCUAUACUAGUGAAUGGCUCUUUUAAUGAUGGCAGGUGGCAUAGAGUGAAGGCAGUUCGGGAUGGACCGUCUGGGAAAGUAACAGUGGAUGAUUAUGGUGCUAGAACUGGCAAAUCACCAGGAAUGAUGAGACAAUUGAACAUCAAUGGGGACCUAUAUGUUGGUGGAAUGAAGGAGAUAGCGCUGCACACAAACAGACAAUAUAUGAGGGGACUGGUGGGUUGCAUUUCCCACUUCACGCUUUCCACAGAUUAUCAUAUUUCACUGGUUGAAGAUGCAGCUGAUGGGAAGAACAUUAACACCUGUGGGGCAAAAUAAUGGAUGGAGGACCUUCGCAAGGAAGAACCUUCCUUACACGAACUGACCUUGCACACAGGACUCCUGAACGAGGCUUGGAAGCAAGAACCCAAACGGAAAUGAAUGCAUACAAAAAGAGGGGGACCACUUUCUACUCUCCUUUCCUUUGGAUAUUGUGCUCUCUCAAUCAUACUGAAUGAGCCAGGAGCAUCACACUUUACCUCUACUUGUAAUUAGAGCACAGUCCAGCAAAUCCACCAUGUUGUUGCAUAAGGCUGGUGAUUUCCCUGCUGGGCCCCAUGUAGAAAAUUUACAUUUCUGCCAGAUCUAUCAGCCAGUGCCAGCUUCGGACAUGUACAGCUGAUAAGCCACUUGCAUCUGCAACAGAC